AUGAACAACUUCACCCAAAAUCUUUCUAAAAAACAAGGCAACAGAACUGGUAUUAAGAAUAUCGGGAAGUGGAAGAAGUCCAUUCUCCUAAACUGGAUCAGGGAGCACAGAGACAGCCCUUAUCCGACUGAAGACGAGAAGUACCAACUCGCAGAGGCCACUCAACUGACAGUCAAACAAAUAUCGAACUGGUUCACAAAUGCCAGAAAGAGGAACUCUUCGGAAAUGGAUAGUUCUAAGUUGAUCAAAAGACGUAAGAGGGUACUUGCUUCCAUGCCUUGUCAACCAAAUUUCCAAAAAUUCACUAAAGUCAAUCCUGAAAUCAAAAUUCCACAUAUGGAAAAUAUGACACAUUGGGAGGCUUCAACUCAGCAGUUUGCAAUGAGUGUGGACAAGUUCUGUUUCUGCAGCAUUGAUGAAGACCUGAACAAAUUAAGACAUCAGUUUCAGUCAACCUUUAGAGAAGAACAGACGAAUCAUUGCAUUGACUUGUUCUGGUUGCUCCAGCAGUAA